CUUCAAUGACAUUUCUCGUUGAUAUAAUAAUUUUAAAAAUAAUAAUAUUAUAAUAAUUCAAUAACAAUAAAAUUAAAUAAUAAAUAUAAACAUCCUCAAAAUGCACUUUUAACGUCAACCAAAACAGGUUUAUUCUACUAUUUUUAACCAAAUGGUUAUAUCUGCUUCUUUCUUGACAAGUGCAAGAGUUCAGGUGUAGUUUUUAGCCCAUUCACGCGCAUUAUCUCGCGCACAACCGUUUCUUCUCUCACCGACCUACUUCUGUUUAAUUGGAUAAGCAUCAGUCUCUACCUAGAGAGAGAACGAGCGCGAGACCGGCUGGACCCACAAACCGUUAUCCACCUGCGAAUAAAGCGUUCACGGAAUCUGCACAUUCCUCGCUGACGUCACGGCGGAUGGAAUAAUAGAGCUCGCGUCGAGACUCGCGCGAAACAAGCUGUCGCGCUCUUCUGUUGUGAUGUUAUAAAGUGCACUUUGGAAAAUUUCCUCGCGACAGCGCUACACGCACCGAAUGUCCCACGGAAGCGCAGGCGAACAACAGGUGGAUUCCGAGGCCAAUCCAGACCUGGAAGUAGCCAUACUUCUGUGUCUCUCCGCCCCUAUGAGUAACCAUAGCAAAGACACCGUAAAAUCCAGCGUACCGGAAAGAAGCUGAAUAACACGCUCGCGAUAUGGAUCAUUUCAGCGGUGAAGCGACAUUGGGAGCAUUACGGACAAGAUUGACCACUCACACAGUUUAUUCGGAAUUAUGUCACUUUACAUCUGAUACCGUCUUCUGAUACACAGAGGCUGUUUUAUUUCUGUCCCAAGAGAGUGUUUGUAGACUUUAGAUAACUCCUAUCAUGCCUGUCAGUAACGGAUCGAUGAUGGAUUUGCCCUCGGAAUAUGUGAAAGUAAAGGCGCAUUACGGAGGGGACAUGCUGAUCUCUGACUUGGAUUUGGCCAUGACGUACACAGAGGUGUGUGAGGAGGUCAGAACAAUGUGUGGGGUCAGAAAGGAGAUGCCAAUUACACUCAAGUGGAUUGACGAUGAAGGAGACCCGUGUACCAUCUCAUCCCAGAUGGAGCUGGAGGAAGCAUUUCGGAUCUACAGCCGGAACCGGCGCUCCGGACUCCUUUUGCAUGUAUUCCCAAGCAUUCCUGAAAAGCCUGGUAUGCCGUGCCCAGGAGAGGACAAAUCGAUCUACCGCCGUGGAGCUAGACGAUGGAGGAAGCUGUACCGGGUGAACGGACACCUCUUCCAGGCCAAGCGCUUUAACAGGAAAGCGUACUGUGGCCACUGCAGCGAGAGGAUAUGGGGACUGGGGCGUCAGGGCUACAAGUGUAUCAACUGCAAGCUACUGGUCCAUAAACGCUGUCACAAGCUCGUCCCACUGACCUGUCAAAGGCAUAUGGAUCCAGUCAUGCCAUCACAGGAGCCGUUGGUAGACGAUGAUAAAAGUGGAGAGGAAGUGGAGCUCCCCCCUGAGGACCCUGAGGAAACAGACGCAAUCCCUUUUUUAGCACACAACCGGAAAGUGGAGAAAGCUGAAGAUGACGCAGAGGAUCUGAAGGCAGUGGUGGACGGUAUCGAGGGGAUUCAGAUCUCUCAGGGGCUCGGUCUGGGGGACUUUGACCUGAUCCGGGUCAUUGGGAGGGGCAGUUAUGCUAAGGUGCUGCUGGUCCGACUCAAGAAGAACGAACAGAUUUACGCCAUGAAGGUGGUGAAGAAAGAGCUGGUCCAUGAUGAUGAGGACAUUGACUGGGUCCAGACAGAGAAACACGUUUUUGAACAAGCAUCAACCAAUCCAUUCUUGGUGGGACUUCACUCUUGCUUUCAGACAGAGAGCCGGCUGUUUCUAGUGAUCGAGUAUGUGAAUGGAGGAGAUCUCAUGUUCCAUAUGCAGAGGCAGCGGAAGCUUCCAGAGGAACAUGCCAGAUUUUAUGCUGCUGAAAUUUGCAUCGCUCUUAAUUUUCUGCAUGAGAAAGGCAUUAUUUACCGGGAUUUAAAACUGGACAAUGUACUAUUGGACCAGGAUGGCCAUAUCAAAAUUACAGACUAUGGCAUGUGCAAGGAGGGAAUCAGACCAGGUGACACCACCAGCACAUUCUGUGGGACGCCCAACUACAUCGCCCCAGAGAUCCUGAGGGGAGAGGAUUACGGGUUCAGUGUAGACUGGUGGGCUCUGGGCGUCCUCAUGUUUGAAAUGAUGGCAGGCCGAUCUCCAUUUGACAUCAUCACUGACAAUCCUGAUAUGAACACAGAGGAAUAUCUCUUCCAGGUCAUUUUGGAGAAGCCGAUACGGAUUCCCAGGUCAUUGUCUGUUAAGGCUGCGAGUGUGCUGAAAGGCUUUCUGAACAAGGACCCAAAAGAGAGGCUGGGAUGCCAAGUUCAGACCGGAUUCACAGACAUCAAGUCUCAUACAUUCUUCAGAAGCAUAGACUGGGACCAGCUGGAACAGAAGCAGGUGACGCCACCAUUCAAACCACAGAUCACAGACGACUACGGUUUAGACAACUUUGACACGCAGUUCACCAACGAACCCGUGCAGCUAACACCAGACGACGAGGAUGUGAUAAAGAGAAUAGACCAGUCUGAGUUUGAGGGAUUCGAGUACAUUAAUCCUCUGCUGCUCUCCAAUGAAGAAACCGUAUGAGGGAAGAACAAUACGGCUGAUGUUUCUCUGCCUGCGGCUCCACAAGACUACUACAGCUGAGUACAGCUCAGACUCAGACAUGUGUCACAGAGAAGAACUUUCCUUAAAACUGUUAAAGACAAAAAAAAAAAAAAAACACUAAGACUUCAAGUUUCGGACCCUGCUUGAGUUAUUUUGGGGUUACACUGGAAGAAAUGACUGGAGGAUCUUCAGAAAACAAACUCAGAACUAUUCCCCAAAUUUCAGCUGUUGAUUGUCUUCCUGCUUCCCAGCAUCCUCUUUAAUUUUCACGCCUAUGUUUGUGUGUGUGCGCGCACUGUUGCCUGGGACUGAAGUUAGUUCCUUCGAUGUGUGCCUGCGUCCAUCAGAGACUACAUUUCCCAUCAACCCUAGUUAAAUAUGACAGUUCUAACUUAAUGUGCACUUUUAUUUUGUUUGAUUUUUUUAAUUUUAUUUUUUGGAUUCUCUUUAAUCUUGUAUGAGGCGCGUCCUCAAGCGAAACAAGAAUGUAUAAUGUUUAAAGGUAAAAAAAAAAUGUUGUAUUAUAGUGUAGGUAGCCAAUCGAAGAAUUUAUGAUGCCUUCUAUGAUGCAAAGUGGCACAUUUUAAUUCAUGACCAUGAUGGUUUCAUCCACAGUGGGUAGCUGUGCUUCAAACCGCAAGCUUUUAACCACCCAUGUUGGUUUUACAGAGUAAAUGGGAGAUCAAAUGUGUUUUUUGAAGAAGUGCCUCAAAGAUCCAAAAUUCACCAUGCUCCAAACUGCUCUGAACUCCACGUUAGAUUGGAGUUGGUUGCACCAUCCAAUGAGAAAGUGGGCUGCAGGUGUUAUUAUUAUUAUUAUUAUUAUUUAUUUUUUUUACAUAACACAAACACACUGAUACAUAUGUUGAAACAAAACAUUAAAGUUAGACGCUGAAUGAUCACAAAGCCCAAAUACAUCAGACCAGCAGCAAUAUAACCAACCUAGGUUUAUUGGAAAAACGUUCCUCUAUCCAUGUUUUUGUGCAAAUUAUUGUUAUUGGGCAGAUUACUAAUUAAUAAUGACUUUUUUGCACAGAUCCUGUCACAAUACUAGGUAACACUUUAUUUCAAUAGUCCACUUUAGACAUUCUACUAACAGUAAGUAACUUUGCAACUACAUGUCAACUAGCAGUCAUUAGAGUAUUUGUAGACUGUGCUUAAUAUCUUCUAACACUUUAUUUUGAUGGGUCCACAACAUACUGACUAUGAGAAACUUUGCAAGUAUAUGUCAACUUAUUCUUCUAGCCCUAAACCUACCCUACUGAGAGUUAGUAGACAUGUAGUUGCUAAUUAAUGAGAAUUAGUUGACGUGUAGUUGACACGUAGUUACAAAGUUACUUAUGGUUAGUAGAAUGUCUAAACUGGUCUGUCGAAAUAAAGUGUAACCCAAUACUAUGUUAUGACCUCAAAACACUUGUAUGGUGCAUGAUUUGUAAUACAUUUUAAAAUGUGCACCACAUAACCUGCUCCAUAUGUAUGGUUUUUCCCACAUAGUAAACUUGCUCAGUAGCUCACCCGGUACAGCAUUGCACAAGUCACAAUAAAAGAGCUUAGACUUGUAGAAGCUAGCUAAAAUCACUCACGUUUGCUUCAAUUAGGUUUAGGGUCAGUACGUUAUUUUCAUAUGCGAUAGAACAUUAACCUCACCGGAAAUUUCAUUUCCGAACCACCACAUUACAAAAAAGCAACCAACAUAAAAUGCUGCCAGAUUUACAUUCAUCUAUCUCAGAUAAAACUGAAUGCGCUUUUAGCAUUUCACAUUGAAAGUGUCAUGGAGCAUUCAAAAAACAACAUAAUAUCAUUUUGCAUAAAUGUCGCCAUAGGCAGGUUUUUUCCAAUGAGCCUGGGUAUAAUAUUACAGUAGAAUUCAAUACAACCGCACACUAUAUUACUAAAAUGGCUGCUCCUCACUCUGAUAAGAGGGUUUUGUGUUGUUGUGCUCAUGUGAUCUGUCAAUAACGUGCUGUUGAGACGUUGUGGAGAGCGAGAGAACACAAACGAGGGUUUGUGCGUCAUGUCACUGGUGUUGUGUGUGGUGGUAAAAUUGUGCAACAGUGAUGUGACUGAAUCUCAGAUGACCUAAACGCAUGGUGGAACUGUCUUUGCAGUUGUAGUCAGAUGCUUAAAUUGAACCCAUUGCAACACUUAAUAUCAAACACAGUUAGUGCAGAAUGCUAAUCUUAUAUCAUUCAGUGACAGGUUGUAUUCGGAACGGAGAUCUAGCCUACUAUUGUACUUGUAGAAUAUACUGUAUUCUGUCUACUAUUUUUAUUAAUAGUAGGUGAAAUGAUUGUCAAUAUUCCACGAUAAACACUUUUCAGACAUUAGUAAGCUACACUGUCACGUUACCUUGUGAUGUUGCAUAUAAGCAACUAAUAAUGACUAUUUUGUAUUUUAAAAUCAGUUUUGUGUAAAAAUGCUGUGAGUGUUUACAGUUAGGCAAAAUAGUGAGCCAAAAUGGAAGAUCAAGUUGUGUGUAUUGCAUUAUGGGAUAUGUUAUUCUGCGCUGUGUGUGUCUUGGCAAAUGUAGUAGGUCAUCUGGGUAUCCCAUGCAUACUGUGCACAGUAUACAUACUGCAGAGAUCGUGAGAGUAGCAUGUUAAUAGCCGUACACUCCUACACGCAACUAAACCAUCACGUCUAUUUAAAUUCCAGGCCACACAAAAAAAGCUCUUAAAAAUCAACUUCAAAAUCCGUAAUUUCCCUUUAAAGAGAAAAACAGCCAAUCACAGGCUAGCUUGACUGAUUAAUCCCUCACAGUGAUAAGGUAUUGUGUUAUUAAGCAACUAGAUAUGUUUUCAAUCUUCCAUUGCAUUUAAUCUCCAAGUUUUAAAUUUUUUUUUAUUCCCCUCUUUUCCUGAAGAGCGAAGACGACACUCUUAAGAUGUGAACGCUUUGAUGAAAUCAGACCUGUAUGAAGAAUUGCUGCCAUGUUAACAGGAUUAAUUAGCUGCUUUUGUGUCAGACAGUAGCGAGAUUAGCAGACGGGCUAAGAACAAAGAGCGGCCUGGGAGAUAACAAGCGUGACGAACGUAGCGAUAACGAGGCAGAGAGCAAAGCCAGCUUUCCCCACCUUGUUUUCAGCUCUCUAAUGAAAAGCUGGUUCAAAAACAGGCACAAAAAUUUGACGAACUCCACUAUUUAUGAACGAUUGUUUGUGACAGGAACUUCCGGUGAAUGCAAACUGCCAACAAGUGGCAUUCCAGUAUAGUUUGACAGGGCCAUUGCUAGUGCACAUUUUCAGGUUUUUAAGGUUGGUCCUACACAAAAUUUGCUUCAUUUUCAUUCCUGUACACCAAUGAUUAUUUUUACAAACUGUAUGAGAAACAGGUACUAUGGUAUAUUACAAAGGACCAAGUAAUAAAUCAUCUUCAUCCGACUAACAACUUAAUUUUCCACCAGCUUGUGCUAAUGUACAGAAUCCACGUGAAAUGGUGUCAAGAUUUAUGAUUGUCCUUUGUUGGGCUUUUAUUCAUGUUUAUAUUUGAACUGGAAUGAGUUUGGCAUAAUUGUAAAUAUCUGUAAUUUAACCCUUAAAAUUUUCUCAGAAAAAAAUGAAAGAAAUCUGUUUCCACAUCAUUAUAAGAGAUAUCUCAAUCCAGUGUCCCAGCCGCUAGUCUUAAACUUAGAGCCCAAGACUGCAAUAAAUAAAAGUUCCUGUCCCUGAAAACAUUUUAAGCAAGAAAUUUCAAUUAUUUAUCAACUUGCCAAAUACAAAAGCUGUCGCAAGCUGUUUUCUGCUUUUAUUUCUUUUUUCAGUUCUUUCCUUAUGUCGAGUCCAAAGCAAAUGACGCUCUUAUCAAUGUGCUACAGGGGAAUACUUUUAUAUUUGAAGUGUUUGUUUUAUAAAUUAUUGUAAAUGAAAGCUCUAGUAGAGUUUCUGUGGGCUGAGGAUGGGAGAGAGAGAUGUGAACAUGUCUUUGGUUUUAUGAAGUUAAGUCUUAAGCAUCUUAGAUAACAACUGUAAAUCAGUAAAUGUUCAUUGUACUGAC